UUCUUAAUUAGUAUACACCACUUCUCCACACAAGUAUCAAACACCACUCAGAUCCUGAGUUUUUGGAUCAAUGGUUGUCUCAAAUAUUGUUUCUGUGUUAUUAUUGUUUGUACUACUCAAUUUAAGCAGUAAUAACAUCAAAGGAGUUGAAGCUUUUCAUCAUGUUUACGAAAAUUUGCAAUCUCAAUCAGUCGAGGCAGUGAAUCAUCUUCACAGAUCCGCUUUUCACUUUCAACCUCCAAGGCAUUGGAUUAACGAUCCAAAUGGUCCAGUAUACUACAAAGGUUUCUACCAUCUCUUCUACCAAUAUAACACCAAGGGUGCGGUUUGGGGCAACAUUGUGUGGGCACAUUCGGUUUCCAAAGACUUAGUAAACUGGGAGGCUCUUGAACAUGCCCUAUAUCCCUCCAAAUGGUUUGACAUCAAAGGUACGUGGUCCGGUUCAAUAACAAUCGUACCAGGGAAAGGACCGAUUAUCCUCUAUACGGGUGUUAACCAAAACGAAACUCAAAUCCAAAACUACGCAAUCCCAAAGGACCCCUCAGACCCAUACCUAAGAAAAUGGAUUAAACCAGAUGAUAACCCGCUCGUAAUGCCAGACUAUACUAUGAACGGUUCAGCGUUCCGUGACCCGACCACGGCAUGGUUCUCAGAAGACGGCCAUUGGAGAACCGUGGUUGGGUCAAAAAGAAAGAAUAGAGGGAUCGCUUAUAUCUACAGAAGCCGAGAUUUCAAGCAUUGGGUCAAAGCCAAGCACCCGGUUCACUCGAAAGAAUCAACCGGUAUGUGGGAGUGUCCUGAUUUCUUCCCGGUUUCCACAACCGAUUUCCAAAACGGUUUGGACUUAGAUUACACCGGUUCGAACACAAAACACGUGUUGAAAGUUAGCUUGGACUUAACACGCUUCGAGUAUUACACGCUUGGGACGUACGAUCCUAAGAAGGAUAGGUACGUACCAAACGGUGAUACACCUGAUGGUUGGGACGGUUUAAGAUUUGAUUAUGGUAACUACUACGCUUCCAAGACAUUCUUUGAUUACAAAAAGAACAGAAGAAUCUUGUGGGGUUGGGCCAAUGAAUCGGACACCCUUGAAGAUGAUAUCUCAAAGGGAUGGGCCGGUCUUCAGGUUAUUCCAAGAACGGUGCUUCUUGACGCAAACAAGAAGCAACUAGUGUUUUGGCCUAUUGAAGAAAUAGAGUCACUAAGAAGUAACUACGUCCGAAUGAACAACAAAAACAUAACGAUGGGUCAACGCUUAGAAGUUGAAGGAAUCACUCCUGCUCAGGCCGAUGUGGAAGUGACAUUCAACGUGGGACAAUGUCUAGAGAAAGCUGAGGCAUUCGACCCGAGCUUCACAUUCAAACCGUUUGAUUUGUGUAAAAUAAAAGGCUCGAAUGUGACAGGUGGUGUUGGACCUUUUGGUCUGAUCACAUUGGCCACUCCUGAUUUGGAAGAGUACACUCCUGUCUUCUUUAGAGUCUUCAAAGACACCUCUACAUAUAAGCCUAAGGUUCUCAUGUGCUCCGAUGCUAGACCUUCAUCGUUGAAGCAAGACAGGGGUCCACUCAAACAAGAUAGGAUGUACAAACCAUCAUUUGCUGGUUUUGUGGAUGUUGAUCUAUCUGAUGGAAGGAUCUCUUUAAGGAGUUUGAUUGAUCACUCGGUAGUAGAGAGCUUCGGAGCAUUGGGGAAGACAGUCAUAACGUCGAGAGUGUAUCCAGUGAAAGCAGUGAAAGAGAAUGCGCAUUUGUAUGUGUUUAACAAUGGAACACAAACUGUGAACGUAGAGAGUCUCGAUGCAUGGAGCAUGGAGAGGCCUCUGAAGAUGAAUAAUGGAGCUCUUUAAUUAACUCUCAUUUAUCCUUUCUUAUAAUGUUGGUUAGUAACUACGAGAUGAUUUGAUGACAUUAGAAAGAAAAACUUUGUGAUUUUCUGUGUGUUUAUCAAUAUGAUUAGUGCAUGUCCGCACUUAAGAUAUGGACUCUUGUACCUUUCUACUAAAAUUACUCAAUAAAUAAUUUU